AUGGCUUCGCCUGCCGAAAUGGGCAGCAGGCAGAGAAAGGAGGCUAACCCCGCCCCGGGCCGGUCUAGGUUCACGCGCAGAUCGAUUGCGCCGGUGGCCCAGCGCCUUCCGUCCCGCACUGGGGCGCCGGUAGGGCGGGACGCCAAGACCCCUUACCCGCGCACCUGCCAUGCGCCUGCCAUGCGCUUGCCAACCGCGGAGUGCGGGAAUCCAAGAGUCCUCGACCGCACCCCAUGCCCCAGAAAACCCACAGAACACGACGUUUUCAGCUACCUCGACAACGUGGAUUAG